AUGUCGACAAUCCAGCAGCUCAAAAAUUUCAUCCGCCAUGGUAAACAAGCGCGCACCGUCAAUAUAAACGACGAUACACCCCGCAAGGAUGAUAUACCAGCGCCUCCCGCGCCACCAGCCGUCAACCAAGAAAGAAAAUUAAACAUCUCUGACCCAGCUCUUCAUCAUCAUAUCCCUCAUAAAGAGCCCUUGGAGGCUUAUUCAGAGGCACCAGGGGAUGCCCAAAAUCGCGCCGCUCAAGCUGGCAUCGCUGCUGCCCAUCGAGUCGAACCUGCGCAGGAUGUGGACGGAAAUUCCAGAGGCACAUCCAAGAAACGCGUCGAUGACGCCAGCCUCGCCAUGUUAGUUGCAGAGGAAAAUGCAAGCAGGACCAAGUUCCCUCGCUAUCCCGGCCUGGAACGAUGGGAGUUGAUUGAAAAGAUGGGCGAUGGUGCGUUUAGCAACGUUUAUCGCGCUCGUGAUUUGCUAGGCGUUGCUGGCGAAGUUGCCAUCAAGGUCGUUCGCAAAUACGAAAUGAACAGCCUGCAAGGAGAUAAGCAUUUACAUCCGGAUUUCAAAAAGGCUCCGAAAGCAGCAGAGCGAUCGAACAUCUUGAAAGAGGUGCAGAUUAUGCGCCAGCUCGACCACCCCAACAUCACCAAACUCAUUGACUUCUCGGAAUCCAAGCAGUACUAUUACAUUGUUCUGGAACUGGCUCCAGGUGGUGAGCUGUUCCACCAAAUUGUCCGCUUGACGUACUUUAGCGAGGAGUUAUCACGCCACGUCAUCAUUCGGGUGGCCAGAGCCCUGGAAUAUCUGCACGAGGAGAAGGGUGUCGUUCAUCGCGACAUCAAGCCUGAAAACAUCCUGUUUUACCCCAUCCCCUUUAUUCCUUCAAAAGUUCCUAAACCAAGGCAACCCGGCGAUGAGAACAAGGUAGAUGAAGGCGAAUUCAUUCCGGGACUUGGUGCAGAAGUGCUCACCGAGAAGGUGGCACGGGGACAAUACACGUUCCUGUCCCCGUGGUGGGACGACAUUUCCCAGUCGGCAAAAGAACUCAUCACUCAUCUCCUGACUGUGGACCCGGAGAAGAGAUAUACCAUUCGAGAGUUUUUGGCUCACCCUUGGAUACAAGGCACGGGUCCGACACCCCAGGAAAGGAGAAGAUCUGAAGCCACCCUGCGGGCCUUUGAUGCCGGCAACCUGGACGCCAAGAGAUAUGAUUUCCGAUCCCCCGGGGUGGUCAACCUGCGCGAAGUCUUUGACGUCAGCUACGCUGUGCAUCGCCAAGAAGAGGAGGGCAAGCGACGUGCUCAGAUUGGAGCUAGGGCUGGUGGCAUGGGCAAACCUCUGGGUGGGUUGAACGAGGAGGAUGAAGAAGAUGAGGACCGGAUGCAAGUUGACCCCAAGGGCGCCAACCGGGCGCUCAACGCCCCCGCCGCUGCCAGCACCCAUGCGCUGGAGCAGAGCAUGCGGCAUGCCAAUAUUCGGGACCAGGAAGCUCACACCCGAGGCCGAGAACGCGAACGAGCUCCCGAAAAAGGCUAUGGCCAACAUUCUGCGGCAGUGACGGCUGCUGCUCGGCAACAAGUCCGAGACAGGAACAGGCACAAGGGUCCCUUUGAGCUGAACCUCGAAAAUGCCACGCUACUGGGCAAAAGGGGCAAGAAGAUACCUGCAAUGGGUGCAUAG